UUUGUUCAAGACCAUAACUCGCCGCAGAACCCACCCCUUCCUUACAGAACAAAUCAGGCAACAUGUUCGCCCUUUCGGAAGAGUCCAAGGAGCGCAUUGGCAAGCUCAUCGACAUCUCGCGGGUCGUGGUUCACUAUGGCUACCUGCCUUUGAUCCUCUAUCUCGGCUACACUCGCAGCGUGCCCCGGCCUUCCGUCAUCCGCCUCCUCUCCCCGCUCUCCUAAACGACAAACAACGAAAUCGGAGUUAUGGGUAGAAAGUUUGGGUUAUACAUGUACUAUUGUUUGCAAGCGGGCUUGACUCUGGACGAACGAUGACGAGACGGCAUCCCGAAUGAGCAUAAAACGACUUACACCGGAGGAUCGAACAUGACUACGUGGGACACGGGCAGUCAUGAGAGGACUGGGACCGAGAGAUACCACGAUAACUGUACACUAUAAUCAAAGACAACUCUCUAUCGAACAGCCUUAGCGAAGAACAUCGAAGGGACAUCAUCCGUGGCAAGGAUGUAUCAUCAUGAGGCGACAUCUGAAUGGCAGUACUUGACUGGCUUAUAC